AUGAUCCGACAACCGACCUUCAUGGCGUCGGGGAGGAAAGAAUUGGAUGAGAAAGAAGGAUUGAGAAGAGCUGAAGAGAAUGGUGACGCGAUGAAGUUGUUUGGUCCUACUAUGCGGGAGGAUAAGUGGUAUGUGGCAUACUCCGACUCGAAAGAUGUUGUUGCCGCCAUGAAGGAAGAGGAAGAUGUAGUGGAGGAGAACUUUGAUUCCCGUUGCCCGGCGCUAGUGUUCUUUGUAGCAGAGAAAGUUAUCUUUCGAAGAGAAUAA